AUGCUCACCCCUUCCAACGCAACCCAUUCCCCUGCCACUAAUCAGACUAAGCGUUCGUCCAAGCCGUCGACGCAGUCUCUCAACCAUCUCCUCAACUUUACACUGCCCCCAAGGCAGCCCAACUACAAUCAGAGCAUUCCUCGCAGAGCGAGGAAGACUGGAGCGCAUCAUGGCGUGUGGAACAAGGAACGCUUCGUGAAUGCGCAAUAUCGCUUCAUGAUGAAUCCGAAUGGUGAUUACACUGUACACUUUGCUGACCCAGAUAUCUAUUUUCAAUGGCAAGACAUCCUACAAGUGAUUGUAUCUAGAGGUGACUCCAUGGCCGCACUCUCGGCAGACCAGUCCUCCCAAGACGGCGACGUCCUGACCUGUCCCAUCUGCCUAUCGCCCCCUACUGCUCCCCGAAUGACCAAAUGCGGCCAUAUCUAUUGCUUCCCGUGUCUACUACAUCUGAUCAGCACCUCUGAGCAGCCUAAAUCGGUCAGAUGCCCUAUCUGCCAUGACUCGGUCAACGAAUGGCAACUGAAAGCUGUCAAGUGGAUGAACAGCCCUUCGCAGAACGACGCCGACGACAUCAUGGAGGGUUCUUCGUCCUCGGCUUCGCUCGACCAGGAUUUAAAUACUUCUCUCCGCAAUGGUUCAACACUCAAGAUGCGAUUGAUCCAGCGGCCUCAAAUCACAACACUGGCGCUACCUCGAUCGUCAACCUGGCCAUCGGACUUGCUCCCUCCUCACCAAGCACCCUUCCAUUUCUUGCCUGACGUGAAGGAGUUUGCCAAGUUCAUGCUCGCAACACCGGCGGAGCUAGUGGCGGAUCUUUCGAAGGAUCUAGACGACCUCGCCACCGAGAGGAGAUUACUAGCGGGCAUGGGCGACGAACUAGGGAGUGUCUUCCUCGACGCCGCUGACGCCAAGGUCCGACACCAGAUUGAGAAGGCAUCGGCACUUGAUACACCAUUCUUGCGCGAGGUAGCGGAGACAGCCCGGCAUAUUGCUCAGCAGCUUACGGAGCGAGCCACCCGCGAUCGCCAACGCAAGGAGGCAUCUUUACCGCCGACCCUGCCCGAAGAACUGCCCGAGGCCUUCCUUGCGAUCCAAGGCAGUGGACACACUACUGCCCCAGUUCGCCCUCCGCGGGAAGUGAACUCCAUCCCGACUUCAGGACGCGUCCCACGACAGCGCAGAAAUCUCAAUCCUCCUCCACCCUCAACUUCAACAUACUACUAUUAUCAAGCUGCUGGCGGACUGCCGAUCUUCCUUCACCCGCUUGACAUCAAGAUCCUCUUCUCCCACUUUCACUCCUACCCCGCAUUUCCCGAUGAGAUCACACUCCGCGUGGAAUCCAUUACUCCGAGCACCGUCAACGAUGACCUCCGCAAGCGCUGCAAGUACCUAGCCCACCUACCCGAGGGUGCCGACGUCGUCUUCGUCGAGUCCGAUCUUACGGGCGUCGUCGGCGGCGAUGGCCUGCGCCCCUUCGAGAACGCGCUCCGCCUCCGCCGCACGAAGCGCAAGGAGAAGGGUCGCCGGGACGACAAAGCUCGCGCGCGCACCGAGGAGCGCGAGAGGGAGCGCCUCGCCCAGACCUGGGGCUUACCUGCUGCCAGAAGCCGCCCGUCCCCGCCGCAGACGGCCCCGGGCGCGUGGGGGGCGCGCAGCUUCGCGUCCACCGCGCACGCCGCGUCUGCCCGCCCGCUCACGCAGCGGACGCCGGUCUCGGGUGGCGCGGCGGCGCGGAGGGACCCGGACGAGGACGAGUGGGAGCUCGACAUUGCGUUCCACGAGCUCGAGCAGCGGAGCGCGAAGGCGGGUGGGAAGAAGAAGGGCAGCAAGAUGGUCGUUCUUGGCAGCGGCGGCGGGCGGCGGGCGCGGUGA